GAUGUGUGGUGGUAAAUUAGAAAUCAUACCAUGUUCUCGAGUGGGGCAUGUCUUUCGGCGUCGCAGGCCAUAUGGUUCUCCUGAUGGAGAAGAUACCCUGACAUACAAUUCCUUGCGUGUUGCUCACGUCUGGAUGGAUGAGUACAUCGAGAAUUUCUUUAAGGUUCGACCUGAUGCCCGAGAUAAAAGUUAUGGAGAUAUUUCCAGUAGAAUUGAAUUAAGGAAAAAACUGCAAUGCAAGUCAUUUGAUUGGUACAUGAAAAAUAUAUAUCCAGAACUAGGGCCACCUCAAGUCAAAAGUAAUCUUUCAGCCAAGAAAGUCCACUUAUCAAAAUUAAAAAAAUCUCCUAUGGAGUGGAAGCAUGUGACAGCUGAAAUCUUAUUCAGGUUUCAGAUUCAGUUAGCUGGAACUGAGCUAUGUGUUGAAUCUGAAGAUGAUGUAACUACUAAAGGUUCUUUGCUUAUACUACAGAAGUGUGCACCAAUUAAACGACAGAUGUGGUAUGAAACUGCUAAACAUGACUUGAGAUUGGCACAGCUUUUAUGUCUAGAUGCUGGUGCAAAGUAUCCUCAUCUGUCCAAGUGUCAUGAAAUGGGAGGAUCUCAAGACUGGAGACAUGCUGAUAAUAUGAAUUCACCCAUAUAUAAUACUGCUGCUGGAUUGUGCCUUGGGUGUAGUAGGGAAUCUGCUGGAGAAUAUGUUAUUCUCUCUAUAUGCAGCCAGUCCACAUCUCGUAAAUGGAAUUUGCUCUUUCAUGCAUUACCAUGAUAUCUAUACCUCCAUUACCUCCCUGUGAUAUAUAUUCAUAGUUUUACCAUAUAGUAUUUUGAUAGUUUGUACUAAAUUUAUAAUAGUGUAUUUACUAAAAUAUUAAUGUUUCCUUCUGACAGAUCUGAUUUGAAGAUAUUUUUGUGAUUUUUAUUCUUUUAAAACAAACCACAUUGGAAUAUAAUCAUAGAAAUUGAGUUAGUAUUUUGAACAAUCAUGUCAGUAUUUUGAACAAGUGUUUGAACAAUUUCAUUGUUUUAACUUUUUUGUUUUGUUGUAUUCUAGUGUUUUAUUGAUCUGGUAAUUUUAAAGUUUUUAUUAUUUUAAAUGGUGGUUUAUAAAUUAUUUCAUUUCUUCCUAUACAGUUUGCUCAUAAUGUAAGAAUGCUAUGUGAUAAAAUUUAUAAAUUGAUUCUUACUUUAAUUUUCAGUGAAAUGAUUUUAUGUUUGUUGAUUGUAUUUCAUUUUGGCAUUUUUAACUCACCAUAUUAUACUGUGUGUAAAAAUAGUGAUAUUAAGUAUUUUCAAGAACAAAAUAUGUGUUAUUUAAUUUUUAUAUAUGUUUUAUUGAACAUGAAGAAAAUAUGAACAAUUUUUUGCUUUUUAAUUUGCCCCAAACAAUCUUAAUAUUUUAUCUAAUAUUAAAUUGUUUGUUCAGUAUUAAAAACAUACAUACUGUGUAUGUAUUUUGCUUUGAAAAGUAUUUUGUUGUACAAGUUAAAAAUGUUUAUUUCAAGCCUUAAUUUAUUUAUGUUAUAUCAUUUUAAUGGAGACCAUAAGCGACUGUUAUAACGUUUAAUCUGAAAAAUAAAUCUGAAUGUAAAAUAUACACAUGUUUUAGGUAAUAUAUUAAAAAAGGUUUAAGAGUUUUGUAUUAUUUGUAAUAGUGCUUUUAACUAUAAACUUUGUGUCUAAUAUUUAGUGGAAGAUUAAAUGUGUCUUGUUCUAGCCUACCACCAUGACUCAAUUUUCUCUGAUGAACUGAGUAAUGAGUGGGAACAUUAAAAUAUAGAUAUAUUCUUAUCUUUGAUUUGAAAAUGUUGGGAAGUAGGGUAAUAGCGAGUGAACAUUAAAUUUUUUGAAAAAAUAAUUUCACCCCCCUUUUCCCCCAAAAGAGCUCAUGAACUAAACUAGAAGGAGAACAUUUUAAUAUCAAAUUUUAAAUUAGGCAAAAAUGCCGCCUCAGGUUGGUUUACAUUUUGAAUAAAACUAUUGAUUUUGAGAGCUUUCAGACAUAGGUUCCUUUACUUGAGAAGGCAAAAUUUGUUUUGCCAUUUCCAGAUAAAUCCACCUAUAUAUGUCUGCAUUCCUUCAUAAUCGAUAAAAUUAUAUUCAGAAUCUUCACCAACCUAAGAUUGCUUUUUUGCCCAAUUUUAAACAUACAUAAAUUGUUCAUAUUUCAAGAGUGGGUUUCCAGAGGCAAGAUAGUAAAUCUAGAGUUUUGCCUUGAUGAAACUUCAGUAAUUUUCAAAACAAGGAAAUUGUUAAGAAAUGGUCAGAUAAUGCACAAGAAACUAUCCCAAUCUACAAUGCUUUAUCUAUGAAGUAAAUUGUAUCUAAUCUCAGUAUCACUCUAUUUGUGAAAUCUGCCUUCUUGCAACUUUUGCCUUUUCUCAAAGAUUAGAGAUGUUACUGAGAGAAACUCAUUUUUUUAUUGGUAGGUAUGCAGAAUUACCUCUAACAUAGCAUUAUAUGCAUCUAUAAUCUAAUUGAAGAAAGAAUUGUUUUCAAGGAUAAUCAAAAUCGAGCCUGAAUGUUUAUUUAAUAAGAAAUGAAAAAGAAAAUGUAGGGUGCAGUCUUUUUAUGACUGUGUUUGCAUGUGUGCAUGUGUCUGUCCCAAUAUUUCCAAUAAUUAUUUAUAAGUUUCAGACUCUGAUAACUAAUACAGUAGCAUAUACUAUAUUAGUACAUACUUGUUCAUAGGCAGUAUUUAUCCCAAUAUCUUGUUUAAAUGAGAGAUAUUUUUCCCUAACGUUUCGUGUCCAUAAUAUAUAAAUGCAUAUUUUUUAGCAUUGAUGGAGCAUGUCAUUAAAAGUUAUCACUUUAAAGUAUCUCACUUUAUUUGCCAAUAGUAUCUUAUUCAAGUAUUCUGUUUGCAGAGAGCGAUGUUUUAGAACAAUUAAUUUAAAACAUAGUUAUCACAAUCUGUGUUAUGAACAAUUUAGGUUUAAUUUCCUGGAAAAUUUAUGUAAAGUCUGUUAAAAUUUAUAGCAUUAAUGAUUAAUUUAACUGAGUUAGUUACUUAUUUUUAAUAUUGAUGCAAUAUUUUAGAAUACUAAUACUGUGUGUGUUAAAAUUAUCCUAGUAGAAUAUAUUUGUAUAGUGAGAUGAUUUUUGAUCUAAAAAGUAUAUUAAAACUUAUUAACUGUUAGAAACUGUCUUAUAUAAUAGGCAUUGUAACAAAAUUGAUUAUAAUUAAAUUUUGUAAAUGUAUCAUAAAUUUUAUCAUAAUAAUACAUAAAAUUCUCAUUCAUAUUUUUUGA